AUGAAACCCUGGGUCCUUUGCGUCAGUGCCAUCACUGCACCACUGGUGUUGGCACAAUCGGACAUCCCUAUAUCUGGCUCCCUUCAGUCGAUCCUGUCUCAUGGCGCAUCAAACCCAUUGUAUACCUAUCCGACGCAGUUGACGCAGGGGAUCAUUCCAAAACCGAUUCAUAGCCACAAUGACUACUGGCGUCCCUUGCCCUUCUGGAGUGCCUUGUCUGUCGGGGCCGUGAGUAUCGAGGCCGAUGUAUGGCUGUACAACGAGACACUGCACGUCGGCCACGAGCAGAGUGCCUUGACCAGUGUCCGUACACUAGACUCGCUGUAUAUUCAGCCCAUCCUGGACGUCCUCCACAGACAGAACCCGAACAGCUCGUUUGUGACCAGCCCGCCCACUAAGAACGGAGUCUACGACACUUCCUCGGGCCAGACGUUGUAUCUUUUCAUUGACGUCAAGACAAAUGGACCGAAGACGUGGCCCUAUGUCGUCAAAGCUCUGGCUCCACUACGUGACGCGGGCUAUCUAACUACCUUCAACGGCACGGCUGUUACCUCUGGUCCGGUGACUGUCAUUGGAACCGGCAAUACGCCUCUGAACCAAGUCCAGGGCGUAUCUCCCCGUGACUAUUUCUGGGACGCCCCAAUCCCGACGCUGAACACGACUUUCAGCAACAUCACAAAGGAAGUGUCACCCAUCGCCAGCACAGACUUUGCGGUGCAGUUCGGAGACGUGAGGAACCAGGAGUUCAACAGCACGCAACUCGCGCUGCUGCAGAGCCAGGUCCAGAUGGUCCACGCCAAGGGUAUUGCGGUGCGGUACUGGGAUCAGCCGGGCUGGCCGGUCGGCACACGAAACGCGGUCUGGCGCACCUUGUACGAUGCCGGCGCGGAUCUCCUCAACGUUGAUGAUUUGGAGGCUGUGGCUAACUUUUGGGAUAAUAAAGGCUGA